CCCCGGCUGUGACCCCGUGGACCACCACCCUGGACGGAGUUGGCGGGAACAACCCGGGAAUCAGACUGGUCAGUUACAACAAGAACACCGGAGAUCUAACGGAUGUAAACCAGUACUACUCCAACUUGGCUCUGGCGAACAUACAGGGUUCUCCACUGUGGGGACGCGAGUACAGCCUCAGGGGAACCUUCAACCUGUCCGACGCCUCGCCGGCAUCACUUCAGAACUCCUGGACAGCUUCAGCGACCGUUCAUCCGACAACUUCGAGAAGUACUACCUGUACAACUCCGUUAGCCUCGACCGGUCUACGUGUGACGAGGACUGCAAAGUGGCACAACUGUGUGCCAUCAAGGAAGUUGACUAUGACAAGUAUGCAGACUGUACGAACGCACCCGGGAGUGGUGCAGAUACUGUCUCUACGCUAACCAGCUUUGGAAUGUUCCUUCUUUUUGUCAUGGCAGCUUUUGGUCUUUCUGCCUGACAGCAACAUUACCGUUCAGGCAUGCUGUAAUGAUGUGCAAAGAAUUAUCAAAUGUGCUCCAGGAAAGCAACUAAGGAAGGUUGCUGUUAGAUGCUUAUGCUUCAUGGUUUUUAAUUUUUUAAUCUUACAAAAGCUUGAAAUAAAUUCACUGAUAUCAAAAGUGAAAGAAAUGGAAUGUAUUUAGCUUGAAAUAACUUUGGGCUAGGAUUGGUAUGUUUAAAGCUUUUGCUACUGUGAAAGAUCUUGGUGAAAACAAUGCGUACAGUGAAGUUUUUGUUGUUGUUGCAAAUGCUGGAGUUAGACCAAGACACAAAAGAAAUAAGGAUUACUUUCAGUAUGAUAAUCAUGAAUAAAUGUUACUCUUGACUAGAUUUCAAAAUGUCUUCUUCGUAGUUUCUCCCUGGAAAUAAAGUUAUGACCAACAUGUUUCCAUUUAGAAACGAUACUAACAGCAAAUGACGGUAAGCGUUUUUGACAACUACACCAUCUGAAAGCAUGUCAUUUACCUUAAAAACAGUCUAUCUUCGAAUCAAUGCGUACUUAAGAUUCAACACCAUUAUGUGCAAAUACGGUCUUCAGAGGCAUUUCUUACGACGACACGGCGUCUUGGAUACUCGGGUACACGUCGUCAGUUUGGUCUUGGUGGUUGUCUGUGCCUCCCAGAUCAGUCGUGGUGAGUAGAUGCCCGGUAGAGCCACUUUCCUCUGGUCCAUCUCUCUUCCCUUGGUCCUCUUCAACAACUGUCACGAUCUUAGGGUGUUGUUCCAUGUCACUCUCGGUGAUUGGUGCGUGAUCACCACUACUGACAGUGAUGUUACCAUGGUCUGCUGUGCCCGUGGAAACCGCGAGGGGCACAGUUUCACCACUCUCGAGGAAGUGGAGGUUAGGUGCUUGUUCUUUCACCUGUUCCUUCGUCUUCGCACAGGGGCCGAUCAUGUACACGUUAUCGCCAACCUGUGACGGAUGGA